AUGGAGGAGCAAUACAUCUCCAAACUCCACCCGGUAGUGGAUUAUGGAGUUGGGGUCUUUCUUCUGAUCAUAGUAUGUGAUAUUGUUGUCUGUGCCGAUUCUUCUCUUUCAGCCAUUCUCACAAUCCUUGGAAAUUCAGCCGUCCUUGCUACAGCUGUGAAACGCUCUUCCCUCCUGAAGUCACCGGAGCUGCUAACAGUCAACUUGGCAGUAGCAGAUAUUGGAAUGGCAAUCAGCAUGUAUCCGCUGGCCAUUGCAUCCGCCUGGAACCAUGCUUGGCUGGGAGGAGAUGCGUCCUGCAUAUAUUAUGCCCUGAUGGGUUUCCUUUUUGGUGUCUGCAGCAUGAUGACCCUGUGUGCCAUGGCUGUGAUUCGAUUCCUUGUUACCAAUUCAUCAAAAUCUAACAGUAACAAAAUCACCAAGAACACUGUUCGCAUCUUGAUUGCUCUCAUCUGGCUCUACUCCUUGCUCUGGGCUAUUCUGCCCUUGGUAGGCUGGGGCUACUAUGGUCCUGAGCCAUUUGGCAUCUCCUGCACAAUAGCCUGGAGCAAGUUCCACAGCUCCUCCAAUGGCUUUUCGUUCAUCCUGAGCAUGUUCCUCCUGUGCACAGUCCUGCCUGCACUGACCAUCGUUGCCUGUUACUUGGGAAUUGCCUGGAAGGUUCAUAAAACGUACCAGGAGAUCCAGAAUAUCGACAGGAUCCCUAAUGCAGCUAAACUGGAGAAGAAGCUGACAUUGAUGGCUGUGCUCAUCUCGGUCGGCUUCCUGAGCUCGUGGACACCCUACGCAGCAGCCAGCUUCUGGUCCAUAUUUAACUCCAGCGAUUCCCUACAGCCCAUUGUUACGCUGCUGCCCUGUCUGUUUGCCAAAUCUUCGACAGCCUAUAACCCUUUUAUUUACUACAUCUUCAGCAAAACUUUCCGUCGUGAAAUUAAACAAUUGCAUUGUUGCUGCGGCUGGCGAGUUCAUUUCUUCAGCACCGACAACUCAGCUGAAAAUCCCGUGUCGAUGAUGUGGAGUGGGAGAGACAACGUACGUCUCUCUUCAGCUGCGAAGGUGGAGAACCAGGGAGCUGCAACUCGCUGAAAUGCAGCGAUGGUUUCACAACGUGGGUCAAAACAUGGGCUCGCUCGUGGGUCCAAAUGAGUAGGAAUGCAGCAUGUGGGGUUAUCACUGCAUAUCUUAUGUCAGAUACAGCGGUUUAAGUAUAUGUUUUUAAGCAACUCUCAAAUCUUGUCUUUAAGCUACACAACAAAAAAACCCCAACCCUGCUAUUUUUUUUCCAAGAAUUUCCACUUUAGAGGAAAUAGAUAAUGUACUAGAAAAUAAAAACAUGUAAACUAUUUUCAGGGAAACAGCUAUAAUUAAAAGAGGAUUUAUUAUUUUUGUGGUUUUUUUUUUCUUAUAUUUUUAACUUUUCAAUGCAAUCUAUCUGCGAACUCUUGGCUCUAUCAGUAAAACAGCCAUCAGAGAAAACCGUAGGUUGAACACAAAAUGUUACCAAAUAAAUACAGCUGUAGAGUGUAGCUUUCCAGCAAUACAGAUAGAAAACCAUAUGGGUAGCAAGAAAUAUUCACUGCCAGGAAAAAAAUGAUAAAGUGGCUGCUAUCAAAAUGUCUUACAGAGAUCUACAGUUCCUUGCUCUGUCAGAGGUACAGCGCCAGCUCCUCAAAACGCACGCUCGAACAGGAGUCAAGCAGUCUUCGUCUGAAGAGGUUAGGUGGGGAUGUGGCAGUCGGCAAAGGAUGUCUUCUUCUGCCUGUCACAGAGAGCCCAGCGAGAAGUGAAGGAACCUCUUGGCAAAAGGAACCGCGCACUUACGCUGUUGCUUGCUGAGGUAUAACAGCUCUCCUAGCGUGAAAGCUGGCAGAGCAUUUAUUUUCUGGAGGAGCGCUCUGUAUAGCAUGCCAAAAGACAUCCCCAGGAUAACCAGCCCGGCAGUAAGUAAUCCUGCAGAGGCAGUCCUAGCUCUCCUCACUUGAGUGGGAGCUUCUGAGAUACCGAGUUCCCCACUGGCUGGAGCACUGACACAACUGCAACUGAGAACAGGGUUCGCUGACUCAGUUUAAAGCAUACGUACAACUGUAACAUCAUCCUGCUAGACAGUUUUAACAAGAGAUUCUGAGGUGGAAAUGAUGACCUCCUACAGUUUAAAUCUCUCUCGCUCUCUGACUUACUGUUUGUGAUUUUAAAGGACAUAAACACCUAUCUUUAGGGUUUGAAAUAUUGUACAGAAUAUGCCUUGAUAGCUGCAGUCAUUCUUGCUUCCCCUGUUUGCUCAGCUGACCACAUCUGGGGAAGAGUGGCUGGAAAGCUGCCCAGCAGAAAAGGACCUGGGGGUGCUGGUUGACAGCUGGCUGAACAUGAGCCAGCAGUGUGCCCAGGUGGCCAAGAAGGCCAACAGCAUCCUGGCUUUUCUCAGAAAUAGCGUGGCCAGCAGGACCA